AAUAGUUGAACGAAGCUCGAAGCUCGAUAAGUACGCGUAGGGUUACCCGCGAGUGUGCAUAGGUGAUAUUCGCAAAUUAUACCUAAUCGUUGUAUAAAUUCGCGACGAAGUAAUAGGUGUGGUAAAUUUUUGAAAUCGUCUAAUUUUAAAACGGGGAUAAGUCGGCGAGAAAAAAAAACCAGUAUCUUUUCCUCGGUUAUAUUUCAUCGGAGGUGGUGGUAAUACGGCGCCUACGACGCAAGUCAGUUGACCCACCGACGCCGAGUGAAACGGACGUAGGUCGAAAUACGCUCCGUAGUAAAAUAAUUCCGUAGAGUAAUGUGAAUAACCGAUAAUAGUAGAGAUUGAUAAAUAUUGUCAAAACAAUCGCUGUGUUUAUUACCAUAGUUUUUAUUGAUCGAAUUUGACCGGCCAGUUUCCUAGCGUAGUGUCGGGGGCCGCUUUCUCAGUAGUGAGGUAAAUAUUGUAGUUUUCGGUAUGGCUGCUCCAGCAGCUUGUACGCGUUUCAGUGAUAACUAUGACCUUAAGGAGGAACUGGGAAAGGGAGCUUUUUCCGUGGUCCGACGAUGCGUCCAGAAAAGUUCGGGUCUCGAGUUCGCGGCGAAGAUCAUCAACACCAAAAAGCUCUCGGCCAGAGAUUUUCAAAAACUUGAACGAGAAGCCCGGAUAUGCAGAAAACUACAGCAUCCAAAUAUCGUAAGAUUACACGACAGUAUACAAGAAGAAAACUUUCACUACUUGGUCUUUGACUUAGUAACCGGCGGUGAACUCUUCGAAGAUAUAGUUGCACGAGAAUUCUACAGUGAAGCUGACGCGUCGCACUGUAUUCAACAGAUUUUGGAAAGCGUUCAUCACUGUCAUCACAACGGCGUUGUUCACAGAGAUCUCAAGCCAGAAAACUUGUUACUAGCCAGUAAAGCAAAAGGGGCUGCAGUGAAGCUCGCGGAUUUCGGUCUCGCCAUAGAAGUGCAGGGAGAACAACAGGCAUGGUUCGGAUUCGCCGGAACGCCUGGAUACCUCAGCCCGGAAGUGCUGAAAAAGGAACCCUACGGAAAACCGGUAGACAUAUGGGCAUGCGGGGUGAUAUUGUACAUCCUCCUGGUCGGUUAUCCUCCCUUCUGGGACGAGGACCAGCAUCGGUUAUACGCACAGAUCAAAGCCGGCGCAUACGACUACCCGAGCCCGGAAUGGGACACCGUAACAACCGAAGCAAAGAAUUUGAUCAACCAGAUGCUCACGGUUAACCCAACCAAACGGAUCACAGCCAGCGAAGCUCUGAAGCACCCAUGGAUCUGCCAACGAGAACGCGUAGCGUCUGUCGUACACAGGCAAGAGACCGUCGACUGCUUGAAGAAGUUCAACGCGAGGCGCAAGUUGAAGGGCGCCAUACUUACAACGAUGUUGGCCACAAGGAACUUUUCCAGUAAGUAUGAUACGCAGGGUCGAAACACCAUCACGAAAAAGGGAGAUGGUUCUCAGGUGAAAGAAUCCACUGACAGCAGCACCACCAUCGAAGACGAUGACGUCAAAGAGGAUAAGAAAGGAGGCGUCGACCGGAGCAUCACGGUCAUAGCAAAAGAGCCUGAAGGCUUGGCCUCGCAAGGCACGCCGCCCAGCAGCCCAGCCGCGGCCUCGGUUUUCUCGAGGGUGAUGGUGGGCCAAACCCCGUCCCAAAAGCAACCCCAAUCCGCCGGAAGCACGCUAGGAAUCGCCGCAGUCCUGCUCCAGGGUGCCCAAGCUGGCAGUGGGAGUGGCAGUGGCUCCAGCCACAGUAGCAGCAGCAACAGCCAGAACAGCCAAACCGGCGGAUCACCGUCGUCGACGAUCCACCUCAACGCCUGCGGGAGCACGCCUCGUCGUCAUGACUCGAACACUGAGAUAAGAAUCGUCUGUCCUAUCAAGACCUGCAGUCAGCUAUCUACGAAUUCGCAGUGCUCAGCUCGUCGUCAGGAAAUAAUCAAGAUGACUGAACAGUUAAUCGAAAGCAUAAACACCGGCGACUUUGAGGCCUACACGAAGAUCUGCGACCCGCAUUUGACGGCGUUCGAACCCGAGGCUUUAGGUAAUUUGGUCGAGGGAAUGGACUUUCACAAAUUUUACUUUGAUAACGUCUUGGCGAAGAACUGCAAGGCGGUAAAUACAACAAUACUGAAUCCCCACGUGCAUCUUUUGGGAGAGGAUGCGGCCUGCAUCGCUUACGUCAGACUUACGCAGUACAUGGACAAGCAAGGAGUGGCUCACACUCAUCAAAGCGAGGAAAGCCGGGUCUGGCACAAGCGGGACAACAAGUGGCAAAACGUGCAUUUUCACCGAAGCGCAGUUACGGGCUCUCCGCAAUUUUCAUUCAACCAGAAAUAAACGGUGGCGGCAACGAGGAUAACGGAUCCGCAAAGGUGCAGGAAAUUACCUGGAGAAACGAAACGACAAAUAUAUUAAACGAGGAAUAACACAGAUGAUCAGGCGAAGAAUAAUGAGGGGGAAAAUAGGCGGGAACUGAAAAAUGGGUAAAGAGCCGAAGGGUCUAUGAUGUAAGUUGUUGGAUCGAUGAUGAGAAAAACGAGACGCGGGGGAAAGAAUUAUUAGUUGACGCGAUAAGCGUUUUACGACGUACAUACAUACAUAGCUGAAGGAGUAUAAAUCGGGCGCAACGACAGAAUAUUAUACGAUGCGUAACAAUUUUAAUAACAUUUUUUAAAACUCAUUAAUUCGGUUCACGAUAAUAAAACGGCAAGAAAAAGAUAACUAUAAACAAAUUAACGAAUAAAACUUGAAACUGGCGGUAAGGAAAAAGGAAACAAAACAAAACGAAAAGUAAAACUUUCCACAAAGAAUAUGCACGAAGAGAGAAACAGAAAAGGAUGAAUAAAGAGAACGAGGAGAAAAUCCUGAGCGACAAAGUAAAUUUAUAAAAUGCCUGUCUAUGAUAUCUGUCUGUCUAUUCUGUCUGUCUGUUCUUUCUGUCUGUCUGUUUGUCUGUCAGUGCAAUAGAGUUGUGUAAUUAAAUUUCCUACGAUAAUUCGGGAGGUAGGGAAACAAUUGGCCGAUGAUGCGAGAUAGAUAUGGCAGAGUUAAAAUAAGGAAAUGGAAAAUGAAAAAUGGAAAGUAAACGAUAAUGGCGGUGGAAUGAUCAAUAUCCUGAGUCGUAUUCGGUAUUAUACACGUAUACAAAAUACAUCGUGCAUCCGACUUACAAUAAGUUGUGAAAAAGGUGAACGCCGGGCCCCGCAACAAGAAUCUCGAUACAGAAAGCAAAAUUGAAUCUGAAUAAUAUCCAAGUAUAAUAUAUACGGAGAGAGAGAGAGAGAGAGAGAGGGAGUUGAAAA